UCCACUUCCAUCGAAGAGUUGAACAUCAAUACCCCACGUCCAGUAAUCCACAAACGCGAAACGAAUCCCAUCCAUCUCAUUUCGCUGGAACGAACUGAGAGGGUAAAAACCGCCCGCUCUCCAAUCGGAGCGUGCGCCCAUCAUAUCCGCAACGGCUAUUCCACGGCGUCUUUUCGCCUCCUCUACGCUCUCUCACCUCUCAUACAACCUCCCUCUCAACCAUGCUUCUCAUUCGCCUAUUAUCGCUGGCGUCUUCUGCCCUUGCCUACCAAAAGCUAUCAGACGACUGGUUAAAGAAUGUCACCUCCGGUGGCGACGACUUUGACGUCCACAACGGCGCCCUUCUCGCCCCUCUCCUCAUCACCCGUGUCCCGGGAACGCCUGGUCAAACCAAGGUCCAGCAACACUUCGUGAACUACUUCAGCACACAGUUACCCAGCUGGACUGUCGAGUGGCAAAACUCUACGGAUAAAACCCCGAAGACGGGGGACAGGGACAUCCCGUUUCAAAACCUCAUCAUCCGUCGAGAACCCCCCUGGACCAGAACCAGACCUGGGCAGGCCAAUUAUCUCACCUUCGCCGCGCAUUAUGACAGCAAACUGGAACCGAAAGGCUUCAUCGGGGCUACCGACAGUGCUGCCCCAUGCGCGAUGCUCAUGCACCUCGCGCGGAGCAUUGACCGGCGCCUCACCGAGAGGUACGAUAAGCUGAACUCGAACGGCGAGCCGGGAGGCACCAUGUCCUCCGACAUGGGCGUGCAGAUCCUUUUGCUCGACGGUGAAGAGGCCUUCGACCGCUGGACCGCUACCGACUCGGUUUACGGGUCGAGAUCCUUGUCACAGGAGUGGGAAAAUACCUUCAACCCGGCCAUGUCAAGCUACAAAACGCCAUUGGAUCAGAUUAGCAUUUUCGUUCUCCUUGACCUCUUGGGCUCCGCCAACCCUUCUAUCCCGUCGUACUUCAGAACCACCCACUGGGCCUAUAAGAACAUGGCUACCAUCGAGAGCCGUAUGCGCGGCUUGGGCUUGCUCGAAUCGGAUUCCGAAGGUCCUUUCCUCCCCGAUGGUGAGAUCGACGCGAAGGAACUUGGCACGACUUAUAUUGGGGACGACCACGAGCCCUUUAUGCACAAAGGUGUGCCCAUUCUGCACAUGAUCCCUGCGCCUUUUCCUAUGGUGUGGCACACGAUGGAUGACGACGGGGACCACCUCCACAUGCCUACUGUCCGGGAUUGGUCGAAGAUCGUGACCGCCUUUGCGAUGGAAUGGCUGGAUUUGAUGGAGCUAGAGCCGAGUAGUGGACAAGGAAGAAGGAUAUGAUCGGUAUAUUUUGGAUUAUUUUGGCAUACAUCAAGAGAAAGGAAGCACAGCGCCGGAA